AUGUGCUCAAAAACGCUGCUGGAUUGCUCCACUGAUUCCUUGGAGUCACAUCGACCCACUACAUUUUGUAAUACACUCUCCUCUAUGUGCUGCAAUCCGGAUUUUAUCGAUUCCAGCACCGCAAUAGAUUGGGAUAUCAAUAAUCACAGAUGUUUGGCUCUUCUGGAUCAAUACACCUUGAGCUUAUGCUACAAGUGGCUAGAUCGUGUGGUUCAGCUGUGUCAACAGCCACGUUUACAGUUGAAAGUUAGCCCUCCAUAUUUGCUGGAUAUUUUACCUGAUCUAUAUGAAACAUUGCAAGCAAUUGUGAGUCGAUAUCAAAACGACUGUUCCGCUCUUUACGAGAUAGAUUAUUUUCGCAUUUUCGUCCAUUCUCUAAUCCAGCGAAGUGAGCAUACAGUACGGCUAUUUCGUGAGACCGGUGAUAGCAUGUUCGAUUCGCAGUCACUUGCACGUCACCGUUUGGCAAAGUCGGCUUUGGUCUUCUCGCACCUUUUGCACGAUCUGAGGGCCCUAUUCCCCAACAACAUAUAUGUGCCCGCUUUUCGAAUCACCAAACCUGACGCUGCAAAAUGGUGGCAAGCAUGUUUUGGCACUAAAACCAUUGUCCCAUGGACUCAAUUCCACCAGGCGUUUCGACGUGAAUUCAACGUAAACCUAUCCGAAACACGCCUGAGAGCACUUAGAAACACGAUUGACCUUACUUGUAACCUACACGUAUCCAUUUUCGAAUUCGACUUGUUCAGUCGCUUGUUCCAGCCCUGGUGUAACAUUAUCGAUAUGUGGACCGUGCUCGCUUUGAAGCACCCAGGCUAUAUGGCGUUUAUGACCUACGAUGAGGUGAAGGCCACUUUGAAGCCGUUCCGUACUCAUCCAGGCCCGGGUACUUAUGUGUUUCGUCUCUCUUGCACUAAACCUGGCCAAUGGGCGAUUGGGUACAUCACAGAAGAUCGUAAGAUAAUUCAGACCAUCAUUCAGAACAAAUCACUCGCGCAAGCUCUCCUCGAUGGUGAACAACGGGGAUUCUAUCUCUAUCCUAACGGGCAGCAUGUUACUUCCGAUUUAAUCAAACAGCUUGUCAACGUCGUCCCUCAGCCUCACGUUCGCGUCACUCGAGAACAGUACCAAAUGUACCGUGAUAUGGGGUCCACGUUUGAAGUGUGCAAAAUUUGCGACGAACAUAACAAGGACAUUCAGUUGGAACCUUGUGGACAUUUGAUCUGUAAACAAUGUUUGCUGCAUUGCCAAUCUGCUAGCUUCAACCGGACCUGUCCUUUUUGCCGUCUAGAGAUAAAAGGAAUUGAAGAGGUCGUGGUGGAUCCUUAUCGACCUAAAUCCGAUACGUCUGAAUCGCCUAUUCUUCCUACAGGCAAACCAGCCACUACCGACUCUGAUUCACGUGAUUCCGACACCAGUCCCGUUUUGGACGUCGACACUGACGAUGGACCAGAUGUGAUUUCGUGUGCUUCAAUCAUCUCAGCCCCCAGAAACCCUCCUCCAGUACCCCCCAGGAACCUUCCCUCUUCAUUACAUCCAUCUUGCUAUGCGGCAACGGAUCCUCAGUGCCUGAUCAAUGAAUCUAGUACUGUGGUUUCUUCCGCAGAGCCUGGGGUUGGUUCGUUUUCAUAUCCCCAGAUGAUGUACGCGGACGGAUGCUGUUUGACUCCUGCACCUAACCGGACAGGCGGUGAUGCAGCAGUGCCCUCUUCCCACCUGCAGUCAACACCGUCUCAGGAUGAGCAAGACGGGUUGUCUCGUCCAUCGACCGCUUUCAACUUGAACUACGCUCAAUUGGACUUGCUUCACUCUGAAUCAGAUUCCGAUUCACUUGGGCGUGUGACGAGUGGUCUCAAAAAUUGGGCGUAUCAUCAGCGCGAAUGUGCAAAAUCAAUAGAAACAGUCAAUGUUCCCCUCAACCAUUCAGUGCUAUCAGACAGUACAUCGAGUUCACACAAUUGUGUCGAUUCACACAUAUCAUCAAGCGUUGAUGACUCUCUGGUCCAUGAUCUGAUGGCCGCUCAUUCGGAUAUGGAAAGAUCGGACGCUGUCUUACUCCUGUCCAUCACUCAUAAUGAUCUCAGUAUGGCGGAUCGAAUAUGGUAUCACUUCACUCCCCGUUCUAAGCUGCCUCCCUCUGAAUGA